AAUAGGAAGAAUUUGUUUACGGCAUUAUUUAACUCGCUAAUCUAAUUGUCUACAUCAAUACUUUAAAAUUAUGAUUUACAGGUCUCCUUUCAAGCGGCAUCCGUUGAUCAUUCGUCCAUGUUUGCAUUGGGGGGUGUCUGGUUUAGCUCUGGGUAUUGUGCAACCGCGCCUCUAACAGCAGCUUCAGCAUGUAAUGAACACUUCACAGCGCCAUACGGGAACAUCACUUCUCCAAACUACCCCGGAUAUUACCCACGUGACACCAAAUGCGAGUGGCGGAUAACCGCCCCUGUCGACCACGUGAUCAGGAUUACAUUACGGUCUUUCCAAUUGGCUGAGCUACCACGCUGCACAGGAGACUAUCUUGAGUUGCAUGACGGGAUACCUAGUGCUUCUCACAAAUCGUCGGUGAUUGGACGAUUUUGCGGCAAUUACUACCCACCUGUUGUUGAGUCGUCGGCUAAUCGGAUGGCUGUUGUUUUUAAAAGCAGCAGCAGCGCUGUUCCCGCAUCUGGAUUCUUGCUCUAUUACGAGGUUUUCGGGUCCAUUCCCAAUCGGAAGGGGUUGGGAGAGCUGGCCGAGAGAGUAGGGUCUGUCCUAACACGUGCCCUCCCUGGAAGGAUGCUCUCUUCACAUGCUGAAGAAGUGCCGCCCUAG